AUGAUAAGCAGUUCGGCCAAGCCCAGUCUAUCCUUCACACAGGGAUUUUUACUGGGACAGUUAUCCGUUGUGCUACUCAUCGGCGCCUUCAUCAAGUUCUUCAUAUUUGGAGAGGCUCCAUCUCCACCAUUGCGCGGCUUUUCCAGCGGCACAACCCACCUCCGCUACAGCUCCGUAUAUAACCCUCAAGAUGGCCCCCAGAAUACCCUCCGUGAAAGACCGUCAACUUCAAAUGUCCUCCGUCCGGUGCCCAGCUCCUCCACCAAUACUCGCUCGAUCCUGCGCAAAACUUACUACAGCGCCAUCCCUACCAACCCCUCCAAACAUGGACGACACCGGAUGCACCAUUCCUCCCACCAACCCGAGUCUCUGGAUUGGUUCAAUGUUCUGAUUGCACAGACUAUCGCUCAGUACAGGCAGACUGCUUACGUGCUGAAGGACUCGCCGACGUCGUCAAUCCUCAGCUCGUUAACAGCAGCCAUGAAUAACCCCGAGAAGAAGCCAUCAUUCAUUGACAAAAUCACUGUGACGGAUAUUUCACUGGGUGAGGAAUUUCCUAUCUUCAGUAACUGCCGUAUCAUUGCCGUGGAUGACCCUGGUUCCGAUGGCGGCAGAUUACAGGCCUUAUUAGAUGUCGAUCUCAGCGAUGACAAUCUUUCCAUUGCGGUGGAAACUUCCCUGGUGCUUAACUAUCCCAAGCCCCGGUGCGCUAUUGUUCCGAUUGCACUUUCAGUGUCUGUUGUGCGCUUCUCAGGAACUCUGUGUAUUUCACUGAUUCCAGCAUCGACCGACACCGACCCGCUCGACUCGCCGACAACGUCGCCCAGUCCACCAACAGCCGCACCAGGGGCAGCUGGGGCUCCAGGAAAUACCUCCGGACAAGAGGGGCAGCAACAGAAAAGCAGUCCUAAAAGCAACGUCGCGUUCUCCUUUCUUCCAGAUUACCGCCUGGAUCUAUCAGUGCGCUCGCUCAUUGGAUCACGCAGCCGACUUCAGGAUGUACCCAAAGUGGCCCAGUUAAUCGAAGCUCGCGUCCAUGCAUGGUUUGAAGAGCGUGUUGUCGAACCCCGAGUGCAGGUCGUCGGCCUUCCAGAUCUCUGGCCGCGCAUGGGAAGGACUGGUGUCCGCACUGGCGAAGACUCAGAUGCCGGGUCAACAGCUGCACCUCGAAGUCCUUCUUCUGCUGAGGGUAGUACCAACCCGUAUCAGUUUUCGGGUAGUCCUCGAGAAAAUGAGGGACUGCGGUUCCGUGGACCGGUCGAGCCUCGAUUCGGGUUUAGUGGCUCGCGCAGUAGCAGUUUCAAUACUGACAGGGUCAAUCUGCGGAGACCCAGUCUGGUUCAUUAUGAUAGUGCUGGGGUUGAAAGCGAGCAGCUUCAGAUGCCUGGCUCUAUACCUCUUAGCAGGUAG